AUGCAGGGGUUGUGGGCCGAUGAGGCGGAUGGCAUGGAGGAGGAGGAUGACAUGGACGAGUUUCUCGACUCCUGUGAUGACUCUGGGGAGGAGGAGGAGGAGGGAGGUGGGGAAGUCCUGCCAUCGUUGUUGCAAUGGGCUCAGAGCAACCAAGAGCAUCACCUACUGGAGCGCAACGAGGGAGCGGCAGGAGCACAGGGGGGAAGCAGUGAAGGCAGGGAGAGGCUGAGGAAAGAGACGCUGGAGAAGAACAGAGCGCUGCAUGGCACCAUCCUCGACAUGCUGAAAGACAUCGAAAAGAUGAAGGAGAGGAACCGAGACAAGUGGAAGGACAUGCAGGCUCAGCGAGAGGACCUCAUGAGGAUCAUCGACGGCAGGAAGGUAGAGAAGUUCAGGAGGGGUCGGUGGCGAGAGGGCCGGCAUGAGUUGGCGGCGAGGAAGGAUGACAGCGAGUCCUUCUUUGGGAUCAACCUUCUAGAUCGUCACCCUGACAAAGCCAUCACCCCGGUUGAACACAGCGUCGCAGGGUGGCGACUGUCUGAACGAAGAGUGCUGGUCAAUGAGGUUGCGAACUGCUGCACGAAGAUGCUGUUCUUGCAAGGACAGGGGGACCAGCUGCUAUCAGCGAGGAAGCAUGAAGUUCUCUUGUCUGAACCGUGCAGGAAAGUGCUCCAAGAUCCCAAGUUGUGGGAAGAGGUAGGGAAGAUCAUGUGGAGGAAGCUCAAACGGGGGAGUGAGGAAAGUUUUGUACAAUUUACGAAUGUCGAUGAUCCGAAGAUAACAAGGAAGGAGUGGAGCAAGGAGCAGGAGAAGCUCCUUGUUUCCUCAGUAAAAUCUGGGCUGUCAUGGGCCGAGAUAGGACGAAAGAUGGAGGAGAAGCUUCAAGUCUAUCGACCUCCUGUCGAUCUCUUCACCUACUAUCAACGGGUGCACAAUGGGAACCUCGUGAGGACGGGAAACUGGACGAAAGAAGAAGACGAAGUUCUCGUGAUGGCCAUGAAAACCAUUGCGGAGAAUGAUUGGGUAGGAGUUGCAAGAUACAUCCAGGAGCGAGGAUGCAACAGGAACGAACAGCAGUGCCUGCAGCGGUGGAAGCGGAUCAACCCCGACCUGAAGAAAGGUCCCUGGUCCCCAGAGGAAGACGAAGUUCUGCAGCAAGCAGUUAAGUCUCUUGCGCCCUGGGCGUCCUCCAGGGACGAGGACGGGGAACUUCGCGACCCUCGAGAGCUCUCCAAGAGCAUGCCGUGGAUCGAAAUCGCCAAGUUGGUUCCAGGGAGGAGGGCUGACCAGGUCAGGGAUCACUGGAUCCAGAAGCAUCCUUAUCGUCGUCAGCAAGCUCGCCCGUGGAAGGCAGAGGAGCAUGCAAUGCUCGAAGACUUGGUCAAGGAGUAUGGAGUUGGAAGAUGGGCACAGAUAGCCACUGUAGUGAUUGUCAAGGGGGGCAGGACUCCGCGGCAGUGCAGAUUACAUUGGGAGCGAACUCAUAAAGACGAAGUGCACGAGGACAGGGUUGAAAAGAUUAUCAAAGAGAGAAUUCUUCCAAAGGCAGGAGCCUGUCUUGGUAGCCGCUAUCACAAUCGUCCUCAAAGUUUGAUUAAGGUUGAAGAUCUCGAAAUCCCUGAGGAACAACUUGAAGAGAUGAAACAAGAGAUUCGCAAUGGUCUGCAAGCCAAACAGCCCAACAAGCGGAAGACAAAGAAGGAGCAGGCUGAGAGUUCUUCUUUGCGAGAUCAGAUUCAACCAUAA